AUGAGCCAAAUAGUAGUCAGAUCAAUCAAAGUACACCACAGCGAAAAAGGCAAAGACAAUGAGGGUACCAAUGACAUCGUAGAACAGAUGCUCGAUUCGCCAGAUCUCUCAGAGAACGAUAAGAAGGCACCACAAUUAGCUUUGGAAGCAAGGACCCUUGUCGGAGCAGGAACGGAACCAUCGAGCUGUCCGAUACCGAGGAAGUAG